AUGUACGGCGCAAAUAAUGGAUUCGGAGGUCCUCCCCCUUUUCGACCUCCUCCUGGGAACCUCCCUCCGUUCCCGCCAAAUCUGGCGCCCGGCGCUCCCGGGGCUCCUGGUGCGCCCAGCGGACCCAGCAACAUCGGUGGCUACCAUCCCUUUCCCCCGCUUACAAACUUCGUCCGGCCGCCUUUCCCUCCUCACCUCCCCCAGGCGCCUAUGCCUAUGCCCAUGCCGAACAUGUACCAGAACGGCUCUCCCUUGCCUGUCCGGCCUCAAGGCAUGCCCUUCGGCAACUCCCCCGUACGGCCCAUGUACCCCGGUAUCGGGCUCCCUCCCAACCCAUCUGCGCUCCCGACGCCCCCGCACAGACAACCAAGCACAAACUUCGUUAAACCGCUCAAGACGACCGACAUGUUUGUGGGGUCUAUCGCGCCUGGUAUAGACGAUGCGACGCUUAUGGAGCUUCUCACUGCUUGCGGACCGAUCCACGAGCUCAAGCGAGGUCAGAGCAACGGCAAAUCCCAAGCGUUUGGGUUCGUCUCGAUCGAAAAUCCCGAGGUGGUCAUGCGGUGCAUACGCUGCUUGGACGGUGUGGAGUUGCCGGACUUGUCGCCGGAGGGGAUCAGGGAGAAGAAGCCGUCCAAGCCGUUGAGGGCGAAGGUGGAUGAGAAAACCAAGGCGUUCUUGGACGAGUUUGAGCAGACUGUGGGGCGAACAGACGACGACGAAGAAGCAGACGCUGCCGCGCGAAAGACCAUCGCCGCCAUCAUCGCACGGAUCGUCCAAGCCCACGCCCCCGUUCCUGAACCUACCGCUCGGCAUUCCGGCGGCCAAUCACCUAUUACCGUCAUUGUCCCCGCACAUCUCCAGGAUCUUCGGGAAGGUGACCUGCCGGAGAACCAACGCGUAGCUGUCCUCGACCAGAUCUCGGUCUUUCGAGAGAAUGCUGCGCGGCUGGAACGGCAGCAGAAGCUCCGAGAGGAAGAAUUGGAGAUGGCCAAAUACAACAGUGCGGGCGGGUACAAACGGCCGCCGAACCCCGCCGAGUACGGGUACGGCCAACGGGGAUUUCAGACGAAUGCACAGGGUCCCAGUGCUCCGUUCCAGCAACCCCAGCGCGGAAAUGAUCGACCCCUACUACAGGCGAAUGGGCAGGGACCCCAGGGGUACUCGAAACCUGUCGGUUUCGUCAAGGCUCACGCGGCGGAGGCGAAAGUGGAGAGCGGUCGGACGGAUGAGGAGGAGGAGGAUAUGAGGCAGAUGAGGCUGGCGAGGGAGAAGGAGGGCAAGCUGAGAGAGCGCGAGCGGCAAGUUGAAAAUCGAGAGCGUUACCGCCUGGAGAAUCUCAAUCGGGAAAUGUCUCAUCGGCGGCAGCAGGGCGAGGCAGAGGACAGGACUAGGCGGGCCAUGGCGGAGCGUCUUGAUCGAUUUGACGAUGACGAGGUUGCAGACAGGGGCAAGGAGUUGUUCUUUGCGGAUCGUACCCGCUGGCGCAAUACUCGGCACCUUCACAGGACAAGAGAGUACCAAGACGACGUCCGAGAUAGGCAAGCAGAGCAGGACGAGAUCAAGGCGCUCGAGAAGGAGUCGGAGGAAUUUAUGCGGCGGCAGAUGGAAGAGAUGGCUCGGAUGGAGGAGGUGCAAAAGCAGCGCGGGCUCCUUACGGAGGAUGCGGCGCCUGUCAAGCUCGCACUCGCUGUACCCGCGACCGCGCCUGAACCCGCCGCAAAGGCCAAAGCAAAGGUCGAACCAGCUCCCGCCAAGGCCCGGCCGGCACCGGCUAUCGCGUUUGACAAUGAUGAUGAGGAGGAGGUCGCUGCGGACAAGCGAAAGCAGCGGACGUUCGUCAAGUUGGAGUAUGACGAGAAGGAUGUGGUGGAUAGCACGGCGGAGGCGGAGAAGGCCGUGGCGCGAAAUCGGCAGUUGUUGGAGGUGCGGAGCCGGGUGCCGAGGGAUAAGCGGACCUUGUGGGGUAUGGAGCUGAACUGGAAGGCGAUAAACGAGAGCGCGACCAAGGCCAAAAUCCUCUCAUUUGUUAAUGGCAAGCUCGAAGAAUAUCUCGGUGAAGUAGACAAGGAUCUCUCAGAUUUCGUCAUGGAAAAGGUCGCCGACCGCAGCAGCCCCCAGAAGGUGGUAGACGAACUAGAAUCAGUUCUGGCGGAAGAUGCGUACACCCUCGUAGUGCAAUUAUGGCGAUUGCUGGCGUUCGAGACAGCUGCUGCAAGGGCCGGGCUGCCCUCAGGGACCAUGCUGGUGUGA